AUGUGCACCAACUUCACACUCAAGCACGUCACCUGCAGUCAUCGUUUCUGGGUCAAGCGCCUCUGUCAUCGUGGCGCGGAUUGUAACCUUCAGACUGAGAUGAACAGCGCGAAAGGUGGAGAGUGUUGGGAGUGCGAUCCUGGGCAGGCGCCACCUGCUGCUAUCUUCUCGGAUGGAAAGAAGAUCGAAGUGGUUUGGAGGAGGGUCAAGCUGAAGAGCAGAAGCUCACCGAGGGUUACGGGGUCGGCAUAA